GGUUGGGGGCAGGCUGCUGUGAUUAUGAUAGGGAUAUGUAUUGUUUAUCAUGACGGGGUUGGGGGCAGGCUGCUGUGAUUAUGAUAGGGAUAUGUAUUGUUUAUCAUGACGGGGUUGGGGGCAGGCUGCUGUGAUUAUGAUAGGGAUAUGUAUUGUUUAUCAUGACGGGGUUGAGGCAGGCUGCUGUGAUUAUGAUAGGGAUAUGUAUUGUUUAUCAUGAUGGGGUUGGGGGCAGGCUGCUGGUUUUGGACCCCUGUGAUUAUGAUAGUCAAUCACAGGUUUCAGAUGCAGGACAGUGUCAAUGUUAACCUUGGUCUCUGAUGCCUCCCCAGGCUCUCACGAGCUUCGGAUAGACCUCAAGGACUUUGAGGACAAGUCUGUCUACGCCAAAUACAGCUCCUUCCAGGUCCUGGAUGAAUCACACAACUACAGGCUGCUGCUGGGGGCCUUCGUGGAAGGAGACGCAGGAGACUCUUUCUCUUCCCACUCUAACAUGAGCUUCACCACGAAGGACCGCGAUCACGACAAAUCAGAGUCCAGCAACUGUGCCGUGUCGUACGUGGGCGCCUGGUGGUACAACGAGUGCCACUGGUCCAACCUCAACGGGCGCUACCUGAAGGGGGUGCAUGAGGCCAUUGCCAAGGGCAUCAACUGGAAGACGGGCAAGGGGUACUGUGGUCAGUGUGCGAGGGCAGUUUGUGUCGGCAGAGAACAAUAAGUCACCCGGAACACUUCUGUAUGUUGGCCUGUGUGCAAAGAUGUCUGAGAAGCUGCUGAGCGCGAUCCCCGAUGCAGAUAUAGA